CUCGCAUUCAUAAAGACGCUCAGAGGCUGCACCUACUCAGCUUGCGCUUGUAGGCGCACGCAGGCGCCUGUCAAGAGGCGUUUAGCAAGCAAGUGGAAUGUCGAGUGGGCAUCGGAUUGCAGGGUCACCUAAGCGCGGCGUCGGCGUCUAUCGCAUUCCCCACCCAAGCUUCGAUAACGGGACGAGGACUGCGCGCCGUUGAUUCUGAUUCUCUUCUCUUCUCCUUGUCGCCUCAUAACCAUGCCCACACAGACAGUCACCCACCCGACGCUCACACUACGCCCGGACGUCGCAGCGUCCACCGCUGCCGCCGCAGAAUCUCCUGCCUCGCCCGACGACAUCGCCAAGUUCGACUUCGGCCCGCCCCCGCCCACCUUCACAGACAAGCACGCCGAGCGCGCAUACCUCAAAGAACGCCUGGCGCUCGCCUACCGCGUGCUGGCGCGCGAGUGCCGCCCCGAAGGCUCAGCGGGACACGUGAGCGUGCGCGACCCCGUCGACCCGUCCUGUUUUUGGGUCAACCCCUUCUCGCUGCACUUCAGCCGGAUGACGGCGUCCGACCUGCUGCUCGUGGACCACGCGGGGCGCGUUGUCGGCGGCGGGCGCACCAACAAAACCUACAAUGCAGCAGCGUUCGUGAUCCACUCGGCAAUCCACGCCGCGCGGCCAGACGUAGUGGCGAUCGCGCACGCGCACACGCCGCACGGCAAGGCGUUCAGCACGCUCGGGCGGCCGCUGCCGUUCUACACGCAGGACAGCGCAGUGUUUUGGGAAGAUUGUGCGCUGUAUGCUGCGCACGGGGGCGUCGUGUUGAGUGCGCGGGAGAGUGGGCAGAUCGUGGCUGCGCUAGGGGACAAGAAGGCUGUGAUUCUGCAGAAUCAUGGUUUGCUCACGGCUGGGGGAAGUGUCGAGAGCGCCAUCGCGUGGUUUAUGCUGCUCGAGAAUGAGUGUCGGUGCGUGCUGUCCGCCGAGGCGGCGGCCGCCAUGACGGGCAAGAUGCCCGUGAGCAUCUCGUCAUCCGUGGCCGAGUUUACAUGGCGCGAAACGGGGAGCGAGGAGGCAGGGCGCUUUGAGGCGCUGUCUUUUUUCGACCUCGUCGAAGAGGAGUGUGGGGGCGCACACCGCAACUAGCGCACAAGGUGGACUGUCCCGGCCUUCCGGCGGAGCCGCGAGGUUGACCGAGACCCCCAUUUCCACAUCGGCAUGCUGGGUUUCCCAUGGCAGUGCUUCGGUUACGAUGCAUAAACAUCGGUCGACGGGGUUUGGUCAGUG